GUUCCCUCCUCUCUCGCUCGCUCUCCCCCCCACCCCCGCCCCACUUGUCGCUCCCCCCCGCUUCCCUCUCUCUCUCCCGGCGUCCGGGGCUGGCGUUGGGGGCGGACUCUGGUCCCCGCUUCCGGUGUGGUGUCAUGGUGGCUCGUAGGCUGUGAUGGCUGAGGAGGAGGAGGGGAGCUGAGAGCGCGGCGGCGGCGGCGGCCGGAUCGAGCCGAGGGGGAAGAAGGGGCGGGGGCGUCGAGACCCUCCUCCUCCUCCUCCCCCGCCUGGCUGGGCGGCGGGACAUGGCGGCCCACAAGCCGGUGGAGUGGGUGCAGGCCGUGGUCAGCCGCUUCGACGAGCAGCUACCAAUCAAAGCUAGUCAACAGAAUACCCACACCAAAGUCAGCACGGAACAUAACAAGGAAUGUCUCAUCAAUAUUUCAAAGUACAAGUUUUCCUUGGUCAUCAGUGGCCUCACCAAUAUAUUAAAAAAUGUUAACAAUAUGAGAAUAUUUGGAGAAGCUGCUGAAAAGAAUUUGUAUCUUUCUCAGCUGAUUAUAUUGGAUACACUGGAAAAAUGUCUUGCUGGGCAACCAAAGGACACUAUGAGGCUCGAUGAGACGAUGCUGGUCAAGCAGUUGUUGCCGGAGAUCUGUCACUUUAUCCACACCUACCGCGAAGGGAAUCAACACGCAGCAGAGCUUCGCAAUUCUGCCUCUGGAGUUCUCUUUUCUCUCAGCUGCAACAAUUUCAACGCCGUCUUCAGCCGCAUCUCCACCAGAUUGCAGGAAUUGACUGUGUGCUCUGAAGACAAUGCUGAUGUUCAUGACAUUGAACUCUUACAGUACAUCAGUGUUGACUGUGCUAAACUAAAGCGUAUACUGCAAGAAACGGCCUUUAAAUUUAAAGCCCUCAAGAAAGUAGCACAACUGGCGGUUAUCAACAGUCUUGAAAAGGCAUUUUGGAACUGGGUGGAAAACUAUCCGGACGAGUUUACUAAGCUGUACCAGACACCGCAGACAGAUCUGGCGGAUUGCGCAGAGAAGCUGUUUGAUUUGGUGGAUGGAUUUGCCGAAAGCACAAAACGCAAGGCGGCUGUUUGGCCCUUGCAAAUAAUCCUCCUCGUCCUGUGUCCAGAAAUCAUCCAAAACAUUAACAAGGAUGGGGUGGAGGAGAACAAAAUAAACAAGAAGCUAUUUUUGGACAACCUCAGGAAGGCACUUUCAGGCCACAGUGGAAGCAGACAGUUGACAGAAAGUGCUGCCAUUGCUUGCGUUAAGUUGUGCAAAGCAUCGACCUACGUCAGCUGGGAAGACAACUCUGUCAUUUUCCUUCUAGUUCAAUCCAUGGUGGUAGAUCUGAAGAACCUGCUCUUCAAUCCUAGCAAGCCGUUCUCAAGAGGCAACCAGAAUGCGGACAUAGACCUCAUGAUCGACUGCUUAGUGUCUUGCUUCCGCAUCAACCCACACAAUAACCAGCACUUCAAGACUUGCCUGGCACAGAAUUCCCCAUCAACAUUUCAUUAUGUGCUGGUAAAUUCACUCCACCGUAUAAUCACAAAUUCUGCACUUGACUGGUGGCCCAAGAUUGACGCUGUAUACUGUCAUUCAGUGGAACUCCGCAGCAUGUUUAGUGAAACCCUCCAUAAAGCUCUACAAGGUUCUGGCGUGCACACCCCGAUUCGCAUGACACCGAGUCUUACAUUUAAAGAGAAAAUGACGAGCCUUAAGUUUAAAGAAAAGCCUACAGAUGUUGAAACCAGAAGUUACAAGGUCUUGUUAUUAUCUAUGGUAAAGCUGAUCCAUGCUGACCCUAAACUUUUGCUCUGUAAUCCAAGGAAACAAGGUCCUGAGAGUCAGGGCAGCACCGCUGAACUCAUAACAGGCCUGGUCCAGCUGGUGCCACAAUCCAGCAUGCCUGAAAUAGCACAAGAAGCCAUGGAGGCCUUGCUUGUGCUCCAUCAGUUAGACAGCAUUGACUUGUGGAAUCCAGACGCACCCAUCGAAACAUUCUGGGAGAUCAGUUCACAAAUGCUGUUUUGUAUAUGCAAGCGGCUAACAAGCAAUCAGAUUCUCAGCAGCACAGAAAUCCUCAAGUGGCUGCGAGAGAUUUUGAUCUGCAGGAACACAUUUCUUCUGAAAAACAAACAAUCAGAUAGGAGUUCCUGUCCCUUUCUCUUCCUUUAUGGGGUAGGAUGCGAUGUCUCUGGGGGUGGAGCUAAUCAAAUUUCUCUUGACCAUGAAGAGAUGAUGCGUUGUAUCCCAGGAGCUACGCUUAGGAAAGGAAAAGGGAGCUUUUGCAUGGAAAGCGCUGCAGGCUGCAGCGGGACGCCGAUAUGCCGUCAAGCGCAGACCAAAUUGGAGGUGGCCCUGUAUAUGUCCCUCUGGAGCCCCGACACUGAGGCAGUGCUUGUCGCGAUGUCCUGUUUCCGACAUCUUUGCGAGGAAGCGGAUAUCAGAUGUGGCGUAGACGAGGUGUCGGUUCACAACUUUUUGCCCAAUUACAACACCUUUAUGGAGUUUGCUUCCGUGAGCAACAUGAUGUCAACAGGAAGAGCAGCUCUCCAGAAAAGAGUGAUGGCAUUGCUAAGGCGAAUUGAACAUCCGACGGCAGGUAACACUGAGGCUUGGGAAGCCACACAUUUAAAAUGGGAGACGGCUACAAAUUUGAUCCUCAACUUUCCAAAGGCUAAAAUGGAAGAUGGCCAGGUCGCGGAAAGCCUCCACAAGACCAUCGUCAAGAGGCGAAUGUCCCAUGUCAGCGGGGGAGGCUCUAUAGACCUUUCGGACACAGAUUCUCUGCAGGAGUGGAUCAACAUGACCGGCUUCCUGUGCGCGUUGGGCGGGGUGUGCCUGCAGCAUCGCAGCAGCGCCGGGUUCGCGACCUACAGCCCCCCCAUGGCCCCCGUGAACGAGCGCAAAGGCUCCAUGAUAUCCAUGCUGUCGACUGAGGGCAACACGGAGACCCCCGUGAGCAAGUUCAUGGACCGCUUGCUGUCGCUCAUGGUCUGCACCCACGAGAAAGUGGGCCUGCAGAUACGGACCAACAUUAAAGAUCUCAUGGGCCUGGAACUGAGCCCGGGGCUUUACCCCAUGCUUUUCAACAAACUGAAGAACAACAUCAGCAAGUUCUUUGACUCUCAAGGGCAGGUCUUGUUGAAUGACAGCAACACCCAGUUUGUGGAGCAGACCAUUGCAAUUAUGAAGAACCUGCUUGAUAAUCAUACAGAAGGGAGUUCAGAACACCUGGGACAAGCCAGCAUUGAGAACAUGAUGCUGAACCUUGUCAGAUAUGUACGCGUCCUGGGGAAUCUGGUCCAUGCCAUUCAGAUAAAAACUAAACUCUGUCAGCUUGUGAAGGUAAUGAUGGAGAGGCGUGAUGAUCUUUCCUUCUGUCAAGAGAUGAAAUUCAGGAACAAGAUGGUGGAAUAUCUGACAGAUUGGGUUAUGGGAACAUCCAACCAGGCAACAGAUGAGGAUGUGAAGUGUCUGACAAGAGAUUUGGACCAAGCAAGCAUGGAAGCUGUGGUGUCUCUUCUUGCGGGACUUCCGUUACAGCCUGAAGAAGGAGAUGGAGUUGAACUGAUGGAAGCUAAAUCCCAGUUGUUCCUUAAGUACUUUACCCUGUUUAUGAACCUCCUGAAUGACUGCAGCGAAGUCGAAGACGAAAGCGCGCAAACUGGCGGCAGAAAACGAGGGAUGUCCCGAAGGCUGGCUUCGUUACGACACUGCACAGUCCUGGCCAUGUCAAACUUGCUCAACGCAAACGUGGAUAGUGGCCUUAUGCACUCAAUAGGGUUGGGCUAUCACAAAGAUCUUCAGACAAGAGCGACGUUCAUGGAGGUCCUCACCAAAAUUCUGCAGCAGGGCACAGAGUUUGACACCCUGGCAGAAACUGUCUUGGCAGACCGGUUUGAGAGAUUGGUGGAGUUGGUCACCAUGAUGGGUGACCAAGGAGAGCUGCCCAUUGCUAUGGCUUUGGCGAACGUAGUGCCUUGUUCACAGUGGGAUGAACUGGCUCGUGUCCUGGUCACCCUCUUUGACUCCAGACACUUGCUCUACCAGCUGCUUUGGAACAUGUUUUCUAAAGAGGUUGAGCUGGCAGACUCGAUGCAGACGCUCUUCAGGGGAAACAGUCUGGCUAGCAAAAUAAUGACGUUCUGUUUUAAGGUUUAUGGGGCAACCUACCUCCAGAAGCUUUUGGAGCCUUUAUUAAGGGCAGUAAUUACAUCAAAUGAAUGGCAGCACGUCAGCUUUGAGGUGGACCCUACAAGGUUGGAAUCCGCCGAAAGCCUUGAUGAUAACCAGCGGAGCCUUCUCCAGAUGACAGAGAAAUUCUUCCAUGCCAUUAUCAACUCCUCUGCAGAGUUUCCACCUCAGCUUCGAAGCGUGUGCCAUUGUCUCUAUCAGGCAACUUGCCACUCUCUCCUGAAUAAAGCUACCGUAAAAGAAAAAAAGGAAAACAAAAAAUCAGUUGUCAGCCAGCGGUUCCCUCAGAACAGCAUCGGAGCUGUUGGGAGUGCCAUGUUCCUGAGGUUCAUCAACCCUGCCAUCGUCUCGCCAUAUGAGGCUGGGAUAUUGGAUAAGAAGCCGCCACCAAGAAUCGAAAGGGGCUUGAAGUUAAUGUCAAAGGUACUGCAGAGCAUUGCCAACCACGUCUUGUUUACAAAGGAGGAGCACAUGCGGCCUUUUAAUGACUUUGUGAAGAGCAACUUUGAUGCAGCACGAAGGUUUUUCCUUGACAUUGCGUCAGAUUGUCCAGCCAGCGACACGGUCAAUCACAGCCUCUCUUUCAUCAGCGAUUGCAACGUCCUUGCUUUGCACCGGCUCCUCUGGAACAAUCAGGAGAAGAUUGGCCAGUACCUUUCCAGCAACAGGGACCACAAAGCUGUUGGAAGACGGCCAUUUGACAAGAUGGCGACUCUGCUGGCAUACCUUGGUCCUCCUGAGCACAAGCCAGUGGCAGACACGCAGUGGUCCAGUAUCAAUCUCACCAGUUCCAAGUUUGAAGAAUUUAUGACUAGGCACCAGGUGCACGAAAAGGAGGAGUUCAAGGCCCUGAAAACACUAAAUAUUUUCUAUCAAGCUGGGACAUCCAAGGCUGGCAACCCUGUUUUCUACUACAUUGCUCGCCGGUUCAAGACCGGCCAGAUAAACGGUGAUCUGCUGAUAUACCACGUCUUGCUAACUUUGAAGCCAUACUACGCUAAGCCAUAUGAGAUUGUGGUGGACCUCACUCACGCCGGCCCCAGCAAUCGGUUCAAAACGGACUUCCUCUCCAAGUGGUUUGUUGUUUUCCCGGGACUCGCUUACGAAAACGUCACCGCUGUUUUCAUCUAUAACUGCAACUCGUGGGUGAGGGAGUACACGAAAUACCAUGAGAGGCUUCUGACGGGCCUCAAAGGCAGCAAGAGACUCAUCUUCAUUGACUCGCCUGGGAAGCUGGCAGAACACAUAGAGCAUGAGCAGCAGAAGCUCCCGGCGGCCACUUUGGCCUUGGAAGAAGACCUGAAGGUUUUCCACAAUGCGCUCAAGCUGGCCCACAAAGACACCAAAGUUUCUAUUAAAGUUGGUUCUACAGCUGUCCAAGUAACUUCAGCGGAGCGCACAAGGGUCCUGGGACAGACGGUGUUUUUGAAUGACAUUUACUAUGCCUCUGAAAUAGAAGAAAUCUGCCUUGUGGAUGAAAACCAGUUCACCUUAACCAUCGCCAACCAAGGCACGCCUCUCACUUUCAUGCACCAGGAGUGUGAUGCCAUCGUCCAGUCCAUCAUUCACAUACGGACGCGGUGGGAGCUAUCGCAGCCCGACUCCAUACCACAGCAUACAAAAAUCCGCCCAAAGGAUGUGCCUGGGACACUGCUGAAUAUCGCGUUGCUCAAUCUAGGGAGCUCAGACCCAAGCUUACGGUCUGCGGCCUAUAAUCUUCUCUGUGCCUUAACCUGUACCUUUAAUUUAAAGAUUGAAGGCCAGUUACUGGAAACUUCAGGUCUGUGUAUCCCUGCCAACAACACCCUUUUUAUUGUCUCUAUUAGUAAGACUCUGGCAGCUAAUGAGCCCCACCUCACCUUAGAGUUUUUGGAGGAAUGCAUUUCCGGAUUUAGCAAAUCUAGUAUUGAACUGAAACACCUCUGUCUGGAAUACAUGACCCCCUGGUUGUUGAAUCUGGUCCGCUUCUGUAAACACAAUGACGAUGCCAAACGCCAGCGAGUCACUGCUAUUCUCGAUAAGCUCAUCACAAUGACCAUAAAUGAGAAGCAGAUGUACCCUUCCAUUCAAGCCAAGAUAUGGGGGAGCUUGGGCCAGAUUACUGACCUGCUUGACGUAGUGCUGGACAGUUUCAUCAAAACCAGUGCCACAGGGGGAUUGGGAUCCAUCAAAGCGGAGGUUAUGGCAGACACAGCUGUAGCUCUGGCAUCUGGAAACGUGAAAUUGGUUUCCAGUAAAGUAAUUGGAAGGAUGUGCAAAAUAAUCGACAAGACCUGUCUGUCUCCAACUCCUACAUUAGAGCAGCACCUGAUGUGGGAUGAUAUUGCCAUUCUAGCCCGUUACAUGCUGAUGCUGUCCUUUAACAAUUCACUCGAUGUGGCUGCACACCUCCCCUACCUCUUCCAUGUAGUUACUUUGUUGGUGGCCACCGGUCCUCUUUCCCUUAGAGCUUCCACCCAUGGCCUGGUCAUCAACAUCAUUCAUUCUCUGUGCACUUGUUCACAACUCCACUUUAGUGAGGAGACCAAACAAGUGUUGAGACUGAGCUUAACAGAGUUCUCACUCCCCAAGUUCUACUUGCUGUUUGGCAUAAGCAAGGUGAAGUCGGCAGCUGUCAUUGCAUUCCGAUCCAGUUACCGGGACCGGUCGUUCUCUCCCGGCUCCUAUGAGAGGGAGACGUUUGCACUGACUUCUCUGGAAACGGUGACAGAAGCUCUGCUGGAGAUUAUGGAGGCAUGUAUGAGAGAUAUUCCGACCUGCAAGUGGCUUGACCAGUGGACGGAACUAGCUCAGAAGUUUGCAUUCCAAUAUAAUCCGUCCCUCCAGCCAAGAGCCCUGGUUGUCUUUGGCUGCAUUAGCAAACGGGUGUCACACGGACAGAUAAAGCAGAUCAUCCGGAUUCUUAGCAAGGGUCUCGAGAGCUGCUUGAAAGGCCCCGAUAACUACAAUAGCCAGGUUCUAAUAGAAGCCACGGUCAUAGCACUGACCAAGCUGCAGCCACUUCUCAAUAAGGACUCGCCUAUGCACAAGGCCCUCUUCUGGGUGGCCAUGGCUGUUCUGCAGCUGGACGAAGUCAGUCUGUAUUCAGCAGGCACAGCUCUCCUCGAGCAGAAUCUCCAUACCCUGGACAACCUUCGAGUAUUCAAUGACAAAAGCCCUGAAGAAGUUUUCAUGGAGAUCAGGAGGCCUCUGGAGUGGCACUGCAAGCAGAUGGACCAUUUUGUGGGACUCAAUUUCAACUCCAAUUUCAACUUUGCCUUGGUGGGGCAUCUGCUGAAAGGCUAUCGGCAUCCCUCUCCAACCAUCGUGGCAAGGACAGUCAGAAUUCUACACACGCUCCUUGCUCUGGUGAACAAACAUAGGAACUGUGACAAGUUUGAGGUGAAUACCCAGAGUGUGGCUUACCUUGCAGCUUUACUCACUGUGUCCGAGGAGGUUCGAAGUCGGUGCAGCCUAAAGCAUAGGAAGUCUCUCCUCCUGACAGACGUUUCGAUGGAAAAUGUUCCAAUGGAGACAUAUCACAUACAUCACAGCGAUGGCAGCUUCAGGACACUAAGGGAAAACCAGCCAUGGUCUUCUCCCAAGGGCUCAGACAGACAUCUCGCUGCCAGUUACCCAACGGUGGGGCAGAUCAGCCCACGCACAAGGAAGUCUAUGAGUUUGGAUAUGGGGCAGCCUUCUCAAGCCAACACUAAAAAGCUACUAGGUACAAGAAAGAGUUUUGACCAUUUGAUGCCUGACACAAAAGCGCCUAAAAGACAAGAAAUGGAAUCUGGAAUCACCACACCUCCCAAAAUGAGAAGGGUAGCAGAAAAUUAUGAAAUGGAAACUCAAAGGAUAUCGCCGCAGCAGCACCCUCAUCUCCGGAAAGUAUCAGUGUCAGAGUCCAAUGUCCUCCUGGAUGAAGAAGUCCUCACAGAUCCCAAAAUCCAAGCCCUUUUGCUGACCAUCCUGGCAACACUAGUAAAAUAUACGGCAGAUGAGUUUGACCAGAGAAUCCUGUAUGAGUAUUUAGCAGAAGCCAGUGUGGUGUUCCCAAAGGUCUUUCCUGUUGUGCACAAUUUAUUGGACUUCAAGAUAAAUACCCUGUUGUCGCAGUGUCAGGAUCCCAAUUUAUUGAAUCCAAUUCAUGGCAUUGUGCAGAGCGUUGUUUACCAUGAAGAAUCUCCGCCACAGUACCAAACUUCUUAUCUACAAAGUUUUGGAUUUAAUGGCUUGUGGAGGUUUGCGGGACCAUUUUCUAAGCAAACACAAAUCCCAGACUAUGCUGAGCUCAUAGUAAAGUUCCUUGAUGCCUUGAUCGACACCUACUUACCUGGGAUUGAUGAGGAAACCAGCGAGGAAUCCCUGCUGACGCCAACUUCUCCUUACCCUCCUGCCGUGCAGAGUCAGCUUAGUAUUACGGCAAACCUAAACCUCUCCAAUUCCAUGACCUCACUUGCAACUUCCCAGCAUUCCCCAGGAAUCGAUAAGGAGAACGUGGAGCUCUCCCCGACCACGGCACACUCCAGCAGUGGGAGGACGCGCCACGGCUCCGCCAGCCAGGUGCAGAAGCAGCGCAGCACUGGCAGCUUCAAGCGCCACAGCAUCAAAAAGAUUGUCUGAAGCCUUCUCCUUUCCCCUUUCUUUUUCCUUCCUUCCAUCCUUGGUUUUCUAACGUGGCGUAAGUACUUCCUGCCCCACCUCCACAAGUGGUCGGGUCGCACUUAAUUUCAAACCCUCCUGCCCACUCGCCCCGUCAGCCAUGGUGCCAGACGAUCAACUCUCGAAACAUUUUGUCUGAAUUUAUUUUGGAUUUUCAUUUCUGUUUUUUGCCACCUUAAAAAAAACAAAACAGCAGCAGCAGCAGCAGCAGCAACAACUCUUCUGUUCUUUUUCUUGUUUUUAAGCUGGUAAUAGCCAAACUGUGAUGAACAGAACCACUUUUAAGAAUCUGAAGAAAGCAGGGAAAUGACUGUAGGUUGUGUCGAAAGGCUGAAAUCAUGUCUCUCGCAUUUCA